AUGGCUUUGGUGAGAAGUCUAUUGGGGGCAAGGAAGAUUCUUGGAGCUGCAAUAACAAGCAAAAACGCAACCUCAGCGGCACCAAAAGGGUUUCUUGCGGUGUACGUAGGAGAGAGUCAGAAGAAGAGAUAUGUGGUGCCAAUCUCAUACUUGAGCCAACCUUCGUUUCAAGCUCUUCUCAUCAAAUCAGAAGAAGAGUUUGGGUUCGAUCAUCCAAUGGGUGGCUUAACCAUCCCUUGUCCUGAGGAAACCUUCAUCGAUGUGACGUCUCGGUUUCAAUGAUGACUAUCCAACAUAUUUUUAUUCAAGUUAGACACAUACUUGUUUCUUGUAAAUGGAGAAGAUUUUUUCUCUCUUUCUUCUCGAAAGAGUUAUUGUACAGUUUUGAAAGUAAA